GGGGAUGGUGGCGAGGGCGAGGGCGAAGGCGAUUAUAUGUAGGAUGAUGGUGGUGGAAAGGAUAUCCUGACUGUUUGAGGUUUGGGGUGUGGUGGUGGCGGGAGUCUGGGAUGUUGGUGAUGUGAUCAUGGUGGUUUGGUUACAUGUGAGUAGAAAAAAUGGAAGGGAGAGAAAGAGAAAAAGAAGGGGAGGUGACUUUCUGCGACGCUGAGUGACUUGGAGGAGAUGAGAAGAGGAGAAGAGGAGAUGAAGAUGAAGAUGGUUAGUAGAGUACUUUUGAUAAACCGUGCUACACUUUCCCUUUUUGUUCCCCUUCUUUUCUUCCCCUUCAAAUAUUCAGAUUCAACAUCAUACCAUCAUUCACCUGAUGGUCAUACCGAUAUCCAAAUUAAUAGUCGUCAACAGUCAAGGGUCAGAAAAAAAAAAAAAGGAGGAGUAAAAAAGAGGCAAGAUACUCUGUCGUCUCAACCCACCAUCACAAGAACGGACCGUGCACGAUUCUUGUUAAAAUUCCCUCUCGCUCGGACGCUGAGUUGGCAACUGUGGCAGGACAGGACAGGACAGGGAAGCUCUGCACCCCGCAAGAAACAACAGCUGACGCAAGAUCAUUCUUGUAUGCGUUAUGUACUCCAGAAGUUAGUUAGAGGGGAGGGGAUACGGGAGACAGUACCCCGCAAGCAAGAAGCAGAGGUGUUAUCAGUUACGAUCACCACGGGUAGGAGAUGAAACUAUCUCCACCUGGUCAGCGCUUACCAGUAUUAGUAUUACGGAGUACGACUGUCCGUUGUUGGAUCUGGAGUGCUCAGGACCCGAGCUAAUAGGAGGUCAGACUGGUGGAACAGGCCAUGAUUUUGAUUCUGGCGGUUAUCCUAUACUACUUCCUAUACUAGUAUCGGACUACAAUGCUAUAGUAUACUAUACUGUAGUAAGUAGAUGAUGUCUACCUACCUAUCUAGGUCUUACAUGGUAAUCAGCCUUGUUGAUGA